AUGUCGGCGGCAGCACACGACCCACGACUGCUCUACAGCGUCAAUAAUAUUCGUGCUUUCCAUAUCCAAGAUGGCGAGGAGCAGGACCUCACGCCAUCCGGCCCUCAAACGCUUUCAUUGCUAAUGGUCCCCACCAACACUGCCGGUGCUGGGCCUGGGACAGAGUGGCCUGAGAAUUCACCCGAAGAGGAUUUCUAUCUCCAUCUGUACCUCCCACCUGAGCUGGACCUAGCGAUACCAGCUACAACACAAAUCUUCCACCAACCUCCCGACAGUUAUCUGAUUCCACGUUGGGACAUGGGCCCUGAUGCUGGCGCUUUUAUUCGCAUACAGUUCCCCAGCAUAGGCACCGGUCCCAACAAUGUAUCCCAGGAUGACAUCGAUACAUUUGAAUCCAUCCUUGCUCAGUGCACUGCAUUCCUCGAUCGCGCCUCUCCCGCGCAAUCCCAGGAUUGUGUCGCUUAUAAUCCGGCCAACUAUGCACCCGGCGAGGGUUAUGUUGGAACGCCAGACACAAAACAAGCUGAUGGACAUGGAAGAAUUGUGCUAGUGGACGAAGAAAAUGGCAGUGUUGUCGGAGAACUGGGAGACGGCUACCAUGUAGUCGAAGAUUCGGACGUGAAGCCUGGUUCGAAGAGACCCGUGGGAAUCGAACUCCCGGGGGAAGGUGAAGGCAACCAAAUCAACGUCAGCAAUGUCUCCGAAGAAUACCUGGCGAUGUCCCGGCACCCAGCGUAUAAGAACUCGACACUAGUUCAAAGUUCAGCCACGGCAUCUCGGUUGAUCGUCACUGGAUCGACAUAUUUGGCGAGUGCCAUUGCAAGCGGUGCAGAAAGCUUCCAAAAGAAGACGCGGCCAAAUCCCAAACCAGUCAAAUUCUCAGAUACCACUCACGCUCGCAUUCGCAAGGUCGGCACUUUAUCCCAUGGAGCCGCAGAUAUUUCUGCUCGCACCGUAGGACAGGUCGGAAGGGUUGCUCAGAACCUGGGUGCCUCAUUGGCGCGCAAACAAGAUGCCGGCCGAAAGAAAAGCUUUGACAAGCGCAACCCACCACCAGAGUAUAAGCCCGGUGUGGUGAACAAAUCGAUGAUCGCAUUUUCAACACUGGCCGAUGGUAUCGAGCAAAGUGCCCGGAACAUGCUCUUCUCGGGCGCCAGCGCAGCCAGCUCUAUGAUUGACCACCGCUAUGGUAAUGAGGCAGGCUCUGUUGCACACCAUCUGACUGGCGGAAUCAAGAACGUUGGAUUGGUUUACAUUGAUGCCUCCGGUGUCAGUCGCCGCGCGCUUCUUAAAUCUGUCGCGAAGGGCAUGGUCGUUGGCAGAAUGCACGACGGCCAACAGGUUGUAGUUGGUGGUGGUGACGGUGGCCAGGUUCCCGCUGGUGUUGCACAGGGUGCUUCCGGGCCUUCUGGUCUGGGCGUCCGGGACCCUGUUUCGCGGCGGGCAUCACCUAGCCCCACACCGCCUCCUGCAUAUGGGGCGUCGGGGACAAGAUCCAUUAACGGUGCAUCCAUGUCAGGGGGUAAGCGGUAA